AAAGGGUAAAGCCUACCAAACUUGGUCCACUCUAUUUGUAACAUAUUCUAGUUUUGGGAACAGAAAACUGUAUUGAGAUCAAAUGUUUAAUCGAUGAGAAAAUCCAAAGAAUAUCGUUCGAAAUCCAUCUCGUUAUAUCUUCUCCCACUGCCGGCCACUGGGCUUCCUCUCACUACCAUAUUUGCUAGUGAGUGGAAAUGCCAAGCUGAUGCUUUAAACAUUUUAUACAAUCCGGUGAAAUCUCUGUGUCAUUGUUCAAUCUGUGUUGCUGCCUUGUUGACAACAUGACCGAGCGGCGCAGAUUACUGUUCGACUAGAGACGGGCGCUCCUUCCUCACCGUUUUUGCCCGGUCACGUCUCUGUUCAUGGACCAGUGUCCCACGGUUUAGCAUAGUCGUAUUGUCUAGUUGAAAAGAAUGUCACAGAAUCGCACCAAUAGCCAACCGCCGUUAAACCCCAUCGAAGAAGACGAAGGAGAAGGAGCACCAAUAGCCAACCGCCGUUAAACCCCAUCGAAGAAGACGAAGGAGAAGGAGCACCAAUAGCCAACCGCCGUUAAACCCCAUCGAAGAAGACGAAGGAGAAGGAGCACCAAUAGCCAGAGACCCAAACGGGAAGUGAUCUUCAACCAGGAAGCACGGGACAACGUGAAUGUCAACUAGCGUUUUAGAAACUGAAUUGAACCGUCAUAAUGAAUACAUCGUUUACCUCUUUUUCAUUUUAGUAAUUGUAGCUCCAUAUUGCAUAAUCUAGCGUCUGUAACUAAACUAUUUAUUUGUUCAACGUUGAAAUUUCGAGGCAUAUAGUAACAAUGUUGCCGGCUAAUAGGUUGUGGUUGUCUGAAGGAGCUAUUGGAAUGUUGCAAAGCCUUAGAUAUUACUGCCAGAAGACACCCAGAAAGCUCAGAAUAUGCGAGGCAAUCUCACAUUUAGAAGUGGGGACAAAAAUCAAAGUGCAGGGCUGGGUUCGCUCUGUGAGACCCCAGAAAGAGAAUCUGUUUCUCCAUGUGAAUGACGGGAGCUCCCUUCAGUCUCUACAGGUAGUGGCCAGCUCAGAGCUCAACCACAGACUGCUGACAUUUGGGAGUGCUGUGGAGAUCUCAGGAAGCCUGGUCACGAGUCCCAGCCGCAAGCAGGAGGUGGAACUGCAGGCUGACCAGAUAGAUGUGGUUGGAGAAUGUAACCCUGUGGACUUCCCCUUUAAGAUCAAGGAGAAGCAUGGUCUGGAAUACAUCCGUCAGUUUCCUCACCUGAGGUGUAAAACCAACGCCUUCAGUUCCCUGCUGAGAAUACGCAGCGAAGCCACCACUGCUAUACAGCAAUAUUUCAAGGAGAAGGGUUUUAUUCAGAUCCACACCCCAGUCCUCACGUCUAAUGACUGUGAAGGGGCAGGAGAGCUCUUCCAGGUUGAGCCUGCAGGUCAGAAGAAGAACCAGGAUGAGGAGGGGCACCAACACUUCUUUUCUGUCCCAGCGUACCUGACUGUCUCUGGGCAGCUGCAUCUGGAGGUCAUGGCUGGGGCAUUUCCUGGAGUGUACACUUUUGGACCAACGUUCCGGGCAGAAAACUCUCAGAGCAGACGUCACCUGGCUGAGUUCUACAUGGUGGAAGCAGAGAUCUCCUUCACACAGUCACUAGAGGAUCUUAUGAAGGUGAUGGAAGACUUGUUCAGGUCUACAACAGAACAUCUCCUAGCUCAGUGUCCUGAAGAUGUGGCUUUAUAUCACAAACACGUGUCACCUGGAUACAGGGACAAUGUGGAUCUAAUGAUGAAGAAGAGUUUCAAUGUGAUAACCUACACAGAAGCCAUAAACAUCCUCAACAGCAGCUCCAAGAAAUUUGCUUUCAAAACAGAUUGGGGCUGUGACUUGCAGACAGAGCACGAGAAGUACCUGGUGAAACAUUGUGGUGAUGUUCCUCUCUUCGUCACUGAUUACCCCUAUGCCCUGAAGCCCUUCUACGCACGAGACAACGAGGACCAACCUCUACACACUGCAGCAGCAGUAGACCUGUUGGUCCCCGGAGUAGGAGAGAUGUGUGGAGGUUCUCUGAGAGAGGAGAGACUGGACCUACUAAAGACACGACUAGCACAGGCUGGUUUGGAUGAGACAUACGGAUGGUAUUUGGAUGUGAGGCGUUUUGGUUCGGUCCCUCACGGUGGGUUUGGUAUGGGCUUUGAGCGCUACCUGCUGUGUGUUCUGGGGGUCGACAACAUCAAAGACGUUAUUCCAUUCCCCAGAUUCUCCCGCUCUUGCCCUCUGUAAACUAUACACUGAGUGUACCAAACAUUAGGAACACCUUCCUAAUAUUGAGUUGCACCACCUUUUGCCCUCAGAACAGCCUCACUUUGUCGGGUCAUGGACUCUACAAGGUGUCAAAAACGUUCCACGGGGAUGCUGGUCCAUGUUGACUCCAAUACUUCGUACUGUUGUCAAGUUGGCUGGAUCUCCUUUGGGUGGUUGACCAUUCGUGAUACACUCAGGAAACUGUUGAGCGUGAAAAACCCAGCAGCGUUGCAGUUCCUUUACACAAACCGGUGCCCCUGGCACCUACUACCAUACCCUGUUCCAAGGCACUG